GUUGUAGAGGGGCUCGCGCUUGGCACGGGUUUUAGACGUUAGCGUCGCGUCAUCUUUGCUCUGCUGGCCCUGGGACUGAAAAGAGAGGAUUCAAGCCUGUCUCUUUGUCUUACAGCUGUCAAAUAUGGCGGUGAACACAAGCACGUCCCUGGUUUUGUCCAGUCUGCUGUCAGUGCUGGUGUUUGCAGGAAUGCAGAUGUUCAGCCGGCAGCUGGGCUCUUCGGAGUGGCUGACUAUCCUGGGAGGAUUCCUGGGAUCAGUGCUGUUUGUCUGCUCUCUUACUGCUUUCAAUAACCUGGAGAACCUUGUCUUUGGCAAAGGCUUCCAAGCCAAAAUCUUCCCGGAGAUUGCCUUGUGCCUGUGCCUCUCUCUGUUUGCGUCUGGUUUGGUGCACCGUGUGUGUGUCACAACAUGCCUGAUCUUCUCUGUCUUUGCACUGUACUACAUAAACAAAGUGUCAGCCGCUCUUUACCAGGCAGCACCUGCCCCGAUUCCCACCAAACCCACCAGCAAGGGCAAAAGGAAGAACUGAAGUACUUACCUCAUCCCGUCACCUUCGCAGUCCCCCAUUCAGCUUCCGGAUCGCAGCGUGCUGAAGCUACAAAAUCUGAUGUGUUUGCCAUCAGCAGACCUUAUUUUUAUCCAUUCCAUUCACACUGAAAGAUAACACAUUUGAUCAUACCAUUCAUAGAUGUGUGAUUUUUGGUUUUGUUUACAAUAUAUUUUUGUUUAAGGGGUUUGUUAUUAAAAACGGAUAAAAAAAUACAUUUGCCAUUUUACUUCUUUUCCUGUCAGACUCCACAUGACUAAAGGUGCAGUCCCAUUUAUCGUUGCCAAGCAGAAUGUAAGUUACAAAUAGGAAUCAUUUGAAUUGGGAGAUUCAUACAGAAGUGUAAAAGCUUCCCAUGCAGACAUGAAGCAAAAUUUUGUGACUGCACCUUAACCCGUAAAGUAUUUUCAUUGUUCUAGUUUCUCCACCCUUUGUGUAUGCUAAACUGUUUUGACCUCACAAUGCAUGCUGGGACUCCCGGGUGAUUCAGUCCUGGUAUGGACUGUGCAAAAGAAAAAAAUCUUUCAUUCUACUCGGUCCUUAAAGGACAGACUGCAGAUAAGGAUUAAAUUUGCAUGGAAUUAAAAA